UGGAAAGCGAUCGGAACGGUUGACCCGUGGUAUCUACCCGAUGAUGUGGUUGACGGUGGCGACAAAGAUGGCUCUGUGCUCCAGAAGGCCACUGGCAACCGUAUCCGUUGCGGUGUUGUUGGCUACGACAAAGAAGACAACAUUUGGAUGAUUCCAGCCAACGGCAACUUCGAUCAAGUCGGCUACAUUCUGCCUCGCGGUGGAUACGAUUCACGCUCAGACAAGUCUAUCGCAGACUGCGUGCUGCGAGAGUCGAAGGAAGAGGGAGGUCUCAUCAUCGACAUCAACUCUCUCAUUCCUCUCGGACUCAGCAACGGAGGUGCAGUAUACUGGUACAAGGGCAACGUGACCGAAACCGUCGAACCCACUGAGCCCCGGCCCAGACCGCCGAAGGGCUUCAAUGUCGCCGAUACGCGCGCGGAGCUGUUGAAGCCUCCUGGAAAGCCGGCGAAGAAGGCAGACAUGCGUCAAGCAUUC